AUGGAGCUGAGAAAGAAACUGUUAGGGAAAUCAAUAUCGGCUUUAAUAAGGGAGGAGUCUGUAAAGGAGGAGGCAGAUAUGGAUCCUUACUCAUGGAUUCAUAAGUUGAAUUUGAAUGCUCGGAUGAAGUUAUUCAUAUGGAGAAUAUGCAAAGGUGCAGUUCCUACAACAGAUUUUUUGGUGAAAAGGAAGCUGGCUGAGAGUAAUAUAUGUCCAAGAGGCUGUGGGGAGGUUGAGAAUGUAGACCAUGUGACCACCAUUUGUUCAAAGUUGUUAAAGCAUUGUAUGGAGAAGAUAAAGUCUUUAUCAAUGGAGAAUCCGGUGAUGGUGAAGAUAUAUUGCUCUUUGUUAUGGCACCUGUGGAGCAAUAGGAACAUGUCUAAACAUGGGAAGAAUGAAGAUAGUGAUAUAGUUAUUACUACUAGUGUGCUCUGCUUUGUUAUUGGCCAGUCCUAUGGACUGUUUUCUGAUCUCUGGCAUCCCCCUCCACUCGAGUGGUACAAAAUUAAUAUAGAUGCUUUGCUGAAGAAUAAUUAUGGAGCAGGUAUUGGAGGCAUUGUAAGGGAUGACAAAGGGAGAUUUGUCCGUGCUUUUUGCAUUUAUGGAGUUCAUUAG